AUGGACCGCCACCGCUCCUCCCACCGCACCCGCGACGACGACAGCCACCACCGCUCCCACGACCGGGAGGAAAACUGCCACCGCCACCACCACAAUCGUGACGGCGGGGAUGACGACGACCAUCUCCGCAACCGGCUUCCUUGUUGCCGUGGGAGUCCCCCCCCCCCCCCGGUGAAGCGGGACCACUCAUCGAGCCGCUCGCAGGGGUCCGUUGAGCGCUGCGACUAUGCCAACCGUGAGCCGCUGUCAUCGCGGACGCAGAAGGGCCACGACAGCAGCGGGAGUGACGAGGCCGACCGUGAAGGGGGCAAGCGGGCCAAGGUUUCCGUGGACCCGCCUCCACCCAAGGAGGAGAAACCCAGGUGGGAGCGCCAGAGGUUUGAGGAUGUUGAUGCGAAUGGGAAGGAUGGUGAUGAGAGGGGCAAGGGGGAUAAGGAUGCCUCAUCCUAUGACCGGAAGAAUGGGCAGUUAAGAGUUAACGGUCAUUCGCAUAGGAUUGCUGGGCCUAAUGCUGGCUCUCAGCAACCACUCAAUACCACACCUGUUGUUGUGGUGCCAUCUUAUGUUCCCUUCUUUCAAAGGUAUCUUUGA